AUGUCCCAACCCGAUAUAGACCCAUAUCUUACUCUGGGUGUGCCCAAGGACGCUACUCUCACCGAAGUCCGGGCUGCCCAUCGCAAACGAGUAUUGAAAUGUCACCCCGAUAAGAUUCAAGAUCAGGCUCAGCGAGAUGCCGCUCAAGAGGAGUUCCAAGAGGUACAGGCUGCCUACGAGCUCUUGUCUGACCCCACUCGCCGACUCCGUUACGACCAAAAAAUAAAACUACAGGAACUCCGACGGGAGUUGGAAAAGAAACGUCGAGCUGAGGAGGCCGAGAUGGCUGCACGUGGCAUGCCCACCACGCGCGAGAUGCGUGAAGGUCACCCUGUCGAGGAGCGCGCACCAUUUGAUCCUACUUACUUUGAAGAACAAAGAUUCACCGAAGAGCCCCGAUCAUUCUCUCGCAAGAACGACGACUUUGGUGGGAAACGACCCAAGGCGAAGGAAGAGAAGAAGAAGACCAGAGUUCCACCGAGCAGCGAACGUGCUGCCAAGGAAUCUCGUGAAAACACAAAGGCCGAACAUUCUGAGCGACAGAGACGUCGCGAUAGAGAACGACGGGGACAGCAAUCGGAAAAGUACGAAUCAUUUGGUCCGUUUGUCGUCUCCGACGGAGGUUCCGAUUCCAGUGACUCUGAAGCCUACAUUCCCAAGCCAUCUCGUCGGUCCAGAGAACCCCGAGAGUCCCGUUCUCGUCCGACAGAGUCCUUUUCUCGGCGUCACGAACGCCCAGUUUACGAAGACGAUCAAUAUCACGAGAAGGUCAGCCGUGCCGAGGAACACAUUGAACGUUCCAAGUAUGACAAUUACCGACCCCGAACGUCUCCACAGCGAUCCCGUGGUUACGAGUCCGCUGAACCAGAGACCACACCCCGGCGCUCGGGACGGUCCUCCCGGGCGAACCCAGUCCGCUCGUCCUCGCGCCACAACUCCUCGUAUGAAGAUCUGGAGCCACGCUACGAUUCAGGCAAGCCGCCAAAGAUCCCCACGGCAACCACAAUGCCGGGUCCAAAGACAUCUCUUCGCCCCACAUUGUUUGGUGCAGUCCGCUCUGCCACCACUGCAGGAUACUCCCGCCCUGCACGGGAAUCAUCCCGCACUCGGACCGACGAUAACCCUCUCAGCAAGAUGGUCAAUGAUCUUUUCCCGCCACGGUCAUCAAAGCUACGCGAAAAAUACGACUCGGGCUACUCAAGUCCCAAUACGCCUGAAAUGGCGCCCAAGGGCUCUCCCAAGGUUGCGGCUCGAUACAAGAUCGACCCGGACCCUAUUAUCAUCGAGCCCUCCAAGCCAUCCAGGCACCGCACACUCUCCCCCGAAAGGGAACGAGAACGUGUACCUCGCAUGGCUCCGCCCAAGCGAGCAAGUACCACCCAGUCGUAUAUGAGCGAAUCAGGUCCUCGUGUCGAGGUCCGCACUGUAAGAUCGUCUGCACGACCCUCCCGCACCCAUGCCAAUGUGGAAUACUCCCCACAAAUCCGAAGUGAAGACGUCAAAUACACCCGAGAAAUCCGACCCGGUGAUGUCAACAUGUCCCCCGGUCACAAUUAUUAUUACAGCGAUCAUAUCCGCACGCGCCGACCCUCCGUGGCCUAUGCCUAA